UCACAUUUCAGAAUUCAAAAUCUCAAAAAUUUCCAUCCCAAAUUCUCUCUCUAGGGCAUUUCCAUCGAAGAUUUAACUCCCAAAUAAUGGAUGGUCAAGAUGACGCCAAACAAAGCACGGCUGACAUGACUGCAUUUGUGCAAAAUCUUCUUCAGCAAAUGCAAUCGAGGUUUCAGACAAUGUCAGGAUCUAUCAUCUCUAAAAUUGAUGAGAUGGGCAACCGGAUUGAUGAGUUGGAGCAGAGCAUCAACGAUCUUAGGACCGAGAUGGGUCAAGAAGGCUCUGCAUCGCCUUCAAAUCCAGCAAAGACUGGAGAAGAACCAAAGUCCGGUGGAGAUAGUUAAAGAAAUGAGUGUACAUUUAUAUCCGGAGUAUUGCUGAUGCUAUUUCUUGCUUGCUUAUGAUUGUUAUUUGUAUCAAUUCACAGUGUCUCAAUUACUGUUGAGGAGACAUUAUACAAGAAUCACUAGCUCUAGGAGCACAAACUUGUGAUUGAUAUUCGACUGUGUUUUCUAAUCAGAGAUCCGUUUGCAGUUAUGCUAA